AUGGGAUCUGCUUGUACAGGCGACGCCCCGCCACCGCUGGCCGUGGUGGGGUUCUCGUUCAGGUUCCCCCAAGAUGCCGUGUCGCCGAACUCCUUUUGGAGGAUGCUGCUGGACGCACGAUGUGCUAGCUCGGAUUUUCCUCCAAGUCGGAUGAAUAUCGACGGUCACUAUCAUCCGGACAAAGGUCGGCUCGACAGCACCUGUGUUAGAGGCGGACAUUUCCUGGCGGAGGAUCUGGGCGCCUUCGAUGCACCAUUCUUUGCGAUGAGCGCGGCGGAGGCGGAGGCCAUGGACCCCCAACAGCGACUGAUUUUGGAGACAACAUAUCGAGCUCUAGAAAAUGCUGGCCUCCCUAUGGAGCACGUGGCCGGCUCCAGGACAAGCGUGAUGGCUGGCUCCUUCAGCGAUGACUACUUCUUGUUGCAAACCAAGGACCCACUGAAGAUGCCCAAGUAUAUGUCCAUUGGCAACUCACGGAGUAUGCUAGCCAACCGCAUAAGUUGGUUCUUCGACCUGGUCGGCCCUAGUGCCGCCGUCGACACAGCUUGCUCAAGUAGCCUGAUGGCCGUUGACCUUGCUUGUCAGUCGAUCUGGAGCGGAGAUGCCACCAUGGGUCUAGCUAUCGGCAGCAACGUCAUACUGUCCCCUGAGAUGACCAUAAGCCUGGAUAAUCUCGGUUUGCUGUCCCGUGACGGUUGCUGCUACAGUUUCGAUCAGCGAGCCAAUGGUUACGGUCGAGGGGAGGGCGUAGGGGUCUUGGUGAUCAAGCCACUGGAAGCAGCCAUUUGCGAUGGUGACCCCGUCCGCGCCGUCAUCCGCUCGUCAGCGUCAAAUCAAGACGGGAAGACGCCGGGAGUCACGCAGCCCAGCAAGGCAUCUCAACUACGCCUGAUUAGGGAUACCUACCGCAAAGCAGGGCUUGAUAUGGGCGUCACAAGGUAUUUUGAAGCCCAUGGUACAGGCACUUCGGUGGGCGACCCGAUUGAAGCAAGAGCAAUUGGGACGGCAUUUCGGCAACACCGCUCCGCAGGAGAGCCCUUAUAUGUGGGAUCUGUCAAAUCAAAUCUGGGACAUCUGGAAGGCGCCAGCGGGGUUGCUGGAGUCAUUAAGACGAUUCUCAUUUUGGAAAAAGGUCUUAUUCCACCCAACAGCUGCAACGCACAGCGCCAGAACAUGCAGAUUGACGACGAGUUCCUCCAUAUCCAGAUUCCGAACCGCACGGUUCCAUGGCCCAGCAAUGGCUUGCGCAGAGCCUCCGUUAGCUCCUUCGGGUUUGGAGGAGCGAAUAGCCAUGUGGUCUUGGAUGACGCCUACCACUAUCUCCACCUGAAUAAGCUCAAUGGCCACCACCGAACUUUGACCCCAGGCGCACCUUCUCUCCAUGGGAUUGGCUUCACCCUUACCAGUCAGGAUAAUGAGGCUAAAGGGUCAGCAAGCCACAUGGUUGACCAAGAGCCCGCCAAGUUGCUCGUGUGGUCGUCAGCCGAUGACGGCGGGAUUCAGCGCCUGGCAGAAGCGUGGAAGCCCUACCUAGACAGCUUAUCAAUUUCACAGUCGGAUCGAAUAGCGUUCCUCCACCACCUGGCGUACACCCUGAGCGUACGGCGCAGCCACCUACAAUGGAGGACAUUUGUGGCUGCUAAUCCCUACCAAAGGCUUGAUAAUCUGGUGGACCGCUUCAUUACCCCCGUGCGAGCUCUGUCGUCGCCGAAGUUGGCAUUUGUAUUUACCGGGCAAGGAGCUCAAUGGCAUGCGAUGGGGAAGGAACUUUUCGAUCGAUAUCCUGUUUUCAAGAGCAGCAUGAUGGAUGCCGAGAGAAUCGUUCAGUCGUUUGGGUGCAACUGGCAGUUCCAAGACGAACUGCAACGUUCGGAGCCCGACUCGAAGGUAAAGGAUCCUACGUUGGCCCAGUCCCUCUGCACGGCGCUCCAAAUUGCCUUGAUCGACUUAUUCGCGAGCUGGAAUAUCACUCCUGUUGCGGUCAUAGGCCAUUCUUCAGGAGAGGUUGCCGCUGCGUACUGUGCUCGUGCGCUAUCUAAGCGUUCUGCGUUGAAAGUGGCGCAUCAUCGGGGCAUCCUAGUCGGUAAAGCUGCAGCCACCAGCCCAGUCAAUGGGGCAAUGAUUUCGGUAGGGCUGUCCGAAGGCGAAAUCCAGCAGUAUUUGCAGUGCAUUGCGGCCCAAUGUCACGUCGCCCCGUUGGAGGUAGCUUGCAUUAAUAGCCCUAAGAGCGUCACGGUUUCCGGGGAGGAGAGGCAGAUAGAGAAGCUGCAGGAUAUACUGGCUUGCCGCAAAAUAUUUUUCCGUAGGCUGGCUGUAAGCGUUGCCUAUCAUUCCUCGCAGAUGCAGGAAGUCUCCGUGCCCUAUCUCCAUGCUAUUGGAGAUAUUGAAAUGGGUCCUAAUCCGCUGGGCGCACCGGAAAUGAUCUCGUCUGUCACCGGAAACUGGGUCCCCAAGGAGCAGUUAGCAACAGCGGAAUACUGGGUACAGAACUUGGUCUCGCCGGUGCUGUUUUCAGCCGCUCUCACGCGGCUGAUCUCCUCAUCGGCCACCGAAGUGCCCAAAAAGAUUGAUGGGAGUCAUCGUCGUGCCAUUCCCAUUAGCCAUCUCUUAGAGAUCGGGCCACAUGCAGCCUUGCAAGGCCCUUGCCGGGAUAUACUGCAACAUAGUCAAGCGUCUCACGUUCCCUCAUAUCUGCCAACCCUGCAGCGCAAUAUUUCCGCAACCGAUACCAUAUUGCAGGCUGCUGGCCACUUGCACUGCAGUGGUUAUCCGAUUGACUUGUCACAGGUCAAUAAUAUCUAUGACACGUUUCCCGCCGGGAACCGAGCAGAAACGCUCAGUGACUUGCCGGAAUACUCUUUUAACCAUACCAAGAAUUAUUGGCAGGAGAGCCGCCUAAGCCUGGCCUACCGGUGCAGGAAUUCCGGGCGAUUGGACUUACUCGGUAUUGCAGACCAGGACCACAACCCCAUGGAGGGCAAAUGGCGGAAUAUUUUGCGCAGGGAUGAAAUGGCAUGGAUUCAGGACCAUAAGAUCAACAAUUCCAUGAUUUAUCCGGCUGCGGGAAUGCUGGCGAUGGCGAUUGAGGCUGCCACACAGUUAGCUGAGCCCGAGGGGCUGCAAAUCUCUUCCUUCGACAUCCACGACUCCGUCUUCCACUCUGCCCUGCCGAUACCCUCUCAUGGAAGCGUAGAGACUACCAUCCAUCUCCGUCGUACUCGGGGCAGCCAAGUAACCGAUUGUGCCUGGUUUGAAUUCCGGAUCUGUUCACUUGUGGGCGACAGAUGGAUGGAAAACUGCACAGGCUCCAUCUGUGUGAAUUUCGAAGGCAAAGAAAAGGGCUUAGACCGCAAUGGCCGCGAGGAACAGGCAUGGCAGUCUGGCCUGCUGCAGACAUACCGCAAUGCCGCCGGAUCGUGUACCGUGUCGAUUGACCCUGCAGCGUUCUACUACAUCCUGGCCAGCAGUGGGUACCAAUAUGGCCCGGCAUUCCGGGCCAUAACAGCUCUUCAUUCCGAUAACGGCAAGCACACAGAGCUACUAUCGGAUGUCCAGACGUACCGGGAGACUAGCGGGGAGAAUUUAAAGGCAGAACAGCAUGUCAUCCAUCCGACUACGUUGGACGCUGUCAUCCACACGAUUUGCGGAAUCAUCACGGAAAUGGGUCUACAUACUGGAGUUGUGGGGGUUCCUGGGCGUAUUGACCGCAUCUGGAUAUCCAGGUCAGGCCUUAGCUACCCAACUGCGGAGACCAUCAAAGUUCAUGCCCGGUCCCGCCAAUCCGUUAUCGGAGAUUUGCGGUAUUCGAUAAACGCAUUCAACCAUUCGGUGAGUCGUGUGCUCAUAGCCAUGGAGGGGCUCCGAGUCGCUCCUUUUGCCGGCUCCAGGUCGCUUUCCGGAGAAAGAGCAAAGGCAGAUAACCUCUGCCAUUACGUCCAGUGGAAGCCAGACAUGAGCCUGCUGGAAAAGGAUGAGCUUUGUGGAUUCUUCGAAGACGGACGGGCUGCAGAAUCAGAGCCGGUCCAGUUCUUCACAGACUUGGAUUUCCUGAUACUGGCUUCGCUCAUCAGGGCUCUCGAUCAGAUGCGCCGCAAGAGCGGCCCGAGAGAUCUUCCUCCUCAUCUACGGAAGUAUCUGAAUUGGGGGUUGCACCAGCAGAGGCUCCUGGAAUCGGGAAGAUCACCGUUCAGCGCUCUAACCUGGAAGAACCGGCUGAAAGAUGAUGAUUUCCUUCUUCAAUUACAUGAAAAACUAGCCGGCACCAGCAAGAGAGGCUUGUUCGUGAGCACCAUAUGUCAACACCUUCCUAGCCUCGCUACCGGAGAGUUGGACCUUCUUAGUUUGCUCUUCACUGGGGAACUCUACCGAGACUCUUACUAUGAGAUCGUCAACACCCAGCCUAGGAUGCUUAAGUUUGCCACAUACCUCGACGCUUUAGCACAUAAAAACCCCCACAUGAAAAUCCUCGAAGUUGGUGCGGGGACUGGAGCAAUGACUAACUACUGCAUCAAUAUACUGGCGAGAAACAAAAACAGUGACCAGGAGGUGCCACGGUACGCCCGGUGGGAUUUUACCGAUAUCUCCGCAUCAUUCUUCGCUAAGGCACGAGAGGCCUUUGCAGAUCAGGGUCCACGGAUGCAAUUCAGGGCCCUCAAUAUUGAGAAUGACCCGGAACAGCAGGGGUUUGAGUGUGAGAGUUACGAUAUGGUGGUUGCCUUUUUAGUCUUGCAUGCAACGGCCAACCUCAAUGCAAGCUUGACAAAUGUUCGAAAGCUUCUUAAGCCGGGUGGCCAAUUGAUUCUCCUGGAGCUUACCCGGCCUGAGGCGAUUCGAACCGCAUUUAUAUUUGGGCUGUUGGACGACUGGUGGCGAGGCAUGGAACCGGAACGUAAGCAUAGUCCCUGCGUUAAUGAGGCCCAGUGGAAUGAGUACCUGGUGAAGAGCGGGUUCUCAGGCUGCGAUGUAGCAAUUCCGGACUAUAGCAAUUCAAUAUGCCAGGAAGCCUGUCUGAUAUUGUCGACGGCAAUCGAAACGCGGGUCGUUCAGCAGAGCCCACCCCCCCCUGUUCAUAUCUUGUUCACACAGAGCAGUACGGCGCAGCUCGCGAUGGCACAGCACUUAGAACGACGUCUGAAGAGAUCUACCGAUUUAACCAUCACACUUGGAUCGCUGGAGGACACGGUACUCAGUCAACCGUGCCCCGAGGCGGUGCACGUUUCCCUCGUCGAGACUGACACGCCGUUCCUGUACGACGUCACGGAAGAAGACUUUCGCCUCUUGCACCACUGGCUCAUUCUGUCUACGAAGGUGGUCUGGGUUAACAGCGGUGGCGGCCAGGAGCCAUGGCCAAAAUCCCGACUGGUGGAUGGGCUUUUCCGGGUAUGGGGUGAGGAGAACGACCGGGCCGAGCUGACCACGGUUUCCCUCGACCCGAGUGCCGCAUCGAUUGAGCACCAACUACAACUGAUUGAAAGGAUCAUCCGAGGAAUAACAGCUGGCCAUGUCACCGAUACAGAGUACAUUGAACAAAGUGGGAUGCUCCAUGUUGGCCGCGUUGUGCAUGCCAGCGCUAUGAACCAAAAGCUCGCCAGUCGAAAACACCCACGAGCCGUGCCGCAGAUGAUCAGAAGCAGUCCACCUCUUCGACUGGAGAUUGGCUCUCCGGGGCUGUUAGAUACCCUACAGUUCGUCAAGGACCGUUCGGUGGAGCAGCCUUUAAAGCCCACAGAGAUCGAAGUUCAGGUCAAGAAUGUCGGAUUGAACUUUCUGGACGUACUGAUUGCGCUGGGCCGGCUGGAUAGUAAAGCUCUCGGGGUUGAGUUUGCCGGGCAAGUCACCCGUGUUGGGGAAUCGUGCCAAAGAUUCCAACCUGGUGACCGCGUCGUUGCAUGCCACGCCAGUCGCUACGCCUGUUAUGUCCGACUGGGCGAGGACAUGGCUGUGGUCAAGAUCCCCGACCAACUUCCCUUCGCAGAAGCCGCUGCUCUCCCAGCGGCAUACGUGACGGCGUGGAUCGCCCUCCACGAUAUUGCCAAUCUGCAGCGUGGGGAAUCAGUCCUCAUUCAUUCUGGUGCUGGAGGCACCGGGCAAGCAGCGAUCCAGGUGGCACGAUACCUGGGUGGGCAAAUCUUCACCACGGUAGGAUCCGAGAGUAAGGCAAAAUUUCUCACCGACUACUAUCGAAUUCCAUCCGACCACAUCUUCUCCAGCCGGAAUACUCUUUUCGCUCGGGGAGUUCGACGUCUCACAGCGAACAAGGGGGUGGACGUGGUGUUCAAUUCCCUAUCGUCGGACGGGCUUCUAGCUUCAUGGGAGUCUGUCGCACCGUACGGCCGGUUCGUGGAAAUCGGCAAGAACGACAUCCUUUCCAAUUCCAAACUCCCUAUGUUACCAUUUCUAGGAAAUGUGACCUUCAGGGCAUUCGACUUGGCGGCAAUGACACUGGAACGACCGCAUCGAGUAGCAGAGGCCUUAGAGCACAUCCUAUCGCUAAUCCUAGAACAGCACCUAUGCCCGGCCUCCCCUUUGAGAGUGUAUGGGCUAUCUGAGAUCGAAACUGCGUUUCGACAGAUGCAGAGCGGCAAAAAUAUAGGGAAGACCGUUUUGGAAAUGAGGCCAGAGGACUCGGUGAUGGCUACGCUUGAGGCGAACCCAAUACGUUUAUUCGAUUCCAAUGGGACCUACGUCAUCGCUGGCGGUCUAGGUGGUCUAGGCCGCAGUGUCGCUCGGUGGUUCAUCGACCGUGGAGCGAAGAACCUGCUUCUACUUUCACGGUCCGGAAAGGAGAGCGCUCACGCGGCAAGGUUGACGGCAGACAUACAGGCCUGUAGUAAUGCCAAGGUGGAAAUCCUGGCCUGCGAUAUUACCGACUGCCGUUCUCUGGAAUCUUGCCUCCGUCACGCCCAGCAGUCAAUGCCCCCGGUGAAGGGAUGCGUGCAAGGAGCAGUGGUGGUUAGUAAUUCCUCCUUCCCGAGCCUGUCCUUUGAAACUUGGCGGGCUGCCACAGCCCCCAAGGCUCAGGGAUCUUGGAAUCUCCACAAGGCUCUCCCUUCAGGCAUGGACUUCUUCGUUCUCUUGUCGUCUAUUGCUGGCAUCUAUGGGACACGGGGAGAAUCCGCUUACGCUGCAGGCAACACCUUUAUGGACGGGCUGGCACGCUACCGCGUCCGACGCGGCGAGAAAGCAGUCUCGAUCGAUUUAGGCCUGUUUGUCUCCACAGGAGUGGUGAAUGACCAUCCCGAACUUCGCAAGAAGGUCCUCACAAACUCAUCCUUCGUGCCAGUCACCGAGUCUGAUCUCCAUGCGCUGCUGGACCAUUACUGCGAUCCAGAUGUAGGCAUCCUACCCGUGGACAAGAGCCAGAUAAUAGUGGGUAUCGCACCACGCGUGCGUGAAAAUGGAAUGCACACGAGUUGGCUCCAACGGCCCUUUUUCCAGCACUUGUCCCUAGGCACUUCAGCCACAGCGUCAGAUUCCUGGCAAUCCGAGGCUACCGAUUUCGCUGCGGCUUUCUCCAGCGCACGCUCCAUCAAAGAGGCCACUGCUGCUGCAUUUAAGGCUCUGAAGCUGAAACUCGCCGAAACACUGUCCCUACCCAUGGACGGGUUGGACACUGACAGGCCGAUGCACCAAUUCGGGGUUGAUUCACUGACGGCGGUAGAGCUGACCAAUUGGCUAUCCCAAGAGCUGCGCGCGGAUAUUGCUGUCUUAGAUAUAAUGGGAGACGCAAGUAUCGCUUCAAUUGCUGCCCUGGCGGCGGCUAAGAGUGCUUACCGCGAGGGCGGAUGGGGAAACGAUUAG